ACCUCUUGCUUCUUCUUCACAUCCCCCAUUUCUUCUCCUCUCUGUCUCUCUCUAUUAUAGACUCUCUCUACUCUACCCAUCAAUUCCAACAAACACUACUUUUUAUCUCUCUUUUCUCUCUCUGUCGUCUCUCUCUUUGUCAUAUCCAUUACGCAUAUUCAUAUCAUUCCAAAGCAAUCCCCACAAAUCAUAUCAUCCUCUCUCCAUCUUUCCUUGCUUCUUACAGUCUCUCCAAAUCUCUCUAUCUCUCUCUGUAUAAGCUUCUUCAAAAAGGCUCCACCAGUCCAAAAUGAUGAUGAGGAAACCGGACGUUACUACGAUCAGAGACAAGGGCAAGCCAAAUCAUGCAUGUGGUGGUAAUAACAACAAACCGAAGCUAAGAAAAGGACUUUGGUCGCCUGAUGAAGACGAGAAGCUAAUAAGAUACAUGUUGACCAAUGGACAAGGAUGUUGGAGUGACAUCGCUAGAAAUGCUGGUCUUUUACGCUGUGGCAAAAGUUGUCGCCUUCGCUGGAUCAAUUACUUGAGGCCUGAUCUUAAACGCGGCUCUUUUUCUCCUCAAGAAGAGGAUCUCAUCUUCCAUUUGCAUUCCAUUCUUGGUAACAGGUGGUCUCAAAUAGCUACUCGGCUUCCAGGUAGGACAGACAACGAGAUCAAAAACUUUUGGAACUCGACAUUGAAGAAGAGGCUGAAGAACAACAGCAACAACAAUACUUCACCAGGAUCAUCACCUAACAAUAGUAAUAGUAAUUCCUUGGACCCAAGAGAUCAACAACAUGUAGACAUGGGAGGCAACUCAACGUCAAUGAUGGAUGUAUAUCACCAUGAUGAAAACAUGAUGAUUGUGGGGAACACCAUGAGUAUGGACUCUUCUUCCUCAUUUAAUUUUGCACCAAUGGUUAAUAGUGUGGGCUUAAACCAGCUUGAUGAUCCCUUGAUGAUAUCAGUACCGGAUAACAGAUAUCACCAAAUGGGAAACACAGGGAAUGUGUUCAACGUUAAUGGUUUAGGAGAUUAUGGAAACACAAUUCUUGAUCCAACUAGCAAGAGAGUAUCAGUAGAAGGUGAUUGGUUUCUUCCCCCCUCGGAGAAUACCAAUGGCAUUGCUUGUAGUACAAGCAACAACUUAAACUUACAAGUCCUUGAUCCUUGCUUCAAUAGCAAAAAUCUUUGUCACUCAGAAAGCUUAGGAAAUAUGUUGGAGAUGGAGGAUGGUUCAUGGGAAAUAGAAAACCCUAAAAUCGGAGAUUGGGAUUUAGAUGGUCUCAUUGAUAACAACUCUUCUUUUCCCUUCCUUGAUUUCCAAGUCGAUUGACAAUAUCUCUCUCUCUUCCUCAUUCCUCACUCCUCAUUCAUUCUUAUAUACUUAUUUUUUUCAUCACUCAGUUGUCAACCUUACCAUUUAUACACAUACAUCUUCACGGACCGGAUACUGGAGCUACGUACUCUCCCCUACCCAGAGUGCCCCUACCCCGGAUCACGACCAUGAAGUUGAUCCACUCUAUUCUAUAAGAGUCUCAUUUUAUUUUAUUUUUGGAAAAAGUCUUCUUUCAAUCAGAAUUGGUCUAUUUUCUUCUUGUCCCUUUAUUUUCCCAUCAUAUGUCUAUUAUUCACAAUAAUAUUGUUCAUGGAAACGAGAGAGAUAUGCAUAGUUUAUAUCUAUAGGUGGAGGAACCAAUCACCAUGCAUGGUUCCAUUAGUACAUGGAAAUGUGAAUAGAAAGGUUCAUUGAGAUUUUAUUUGCUGAGGAAGUACUUAAAUAAUGGCCCACACAGCCAGUGAGGUGAUUAGUUGGUUCAUUUGUAUAGUUUUCUCUUUCUUUCCAAAUUCUUUGUUGUACAAAUCUGAGUUUGAUGUGUAAAACACGGUUUCGUAAUAAGAAAGCAUUAUCUUAA